GAGAGCUAGCCAGGGAAGACCGGAGAGUGCCUUCGUUCCGAAAGCUAGAAGGGACGCAUUUCCUGCUCCGUUAUUUUCUUUCAAUCUCAUUUUAUUUUCUCUCACCACCAAAAAAAAAAAAAAAAAGAAAGGGGGAGAGAGACAGAGAACUCCAAUCAUUAUUCAAACCCUCCAUUCUAUGUGCGGGAUGGAAGAAUCGGAAGCCUGCAUUCUUAUGGAUAUCUGCACGGAUUCGAAGUUAUGAUCUUAUCACAAGUCCUGGUAACAGAGAGAUCGUUGAUGCUGUGAGGUCGUUUGUGGUGCAUAUUUUGGUCGAUUUGGUCGGAUAUUUAUUGGGAAAAUGAACGGCGGGGGAGAUGCAGAGGUUGCUGCUCCGGCGGGGCCGCCGCAACCUCUUGAGUGGAAAUUCUCUCAGGUUUUUGGGGAACGGACUGCUGGGGAAGAAGUCCAGGAAGUUGAUAUAAUUUCUGCAAUUGAAUUUGAUAAAACGGGAGACCAUCUUGCCACUGGUGAUCGAGGGGGGCGUGUGGUCUUAUUUGAAAGGACUGAUACACGGGAUCAUGGAUUUCGAAGAGAUCUCGAGAGGAUGGAUUAUCCAAUUAGUAGGCAUCCAGAGUUCCGGUACAAAACAGAGUUUCAAAGUCAUGAACCCGAGUUUGACUAUCUUAAGAGCUUGGAAAUAGAGGAGAAAAUCAAUAAGAUUAGAUGGUGCCAGACGGCUAACGGUGCCCUGUUUCUUCUCUCAACUAAUGAUAAAACAAUUAAGUUUUGGAAGGUUCAAGAAAAGAAGGUCAAGAAAGUAUGUGACAUGAAUGUGGACCCCUCAAGGGCUGUUGGAAAUGGCAGUAUUGCUAGUUCAAGUGUUUCAACUAGUUCCAAACCAUAUCUUGCAAAUGGAGUAUGCCCAGACAGAUCCUACAGUUAUUUGACCAAUGACUUUGCAUUCCCUCCAGGAGGCAUUCCAUCAUUACAUUUGCCUGUGGUAGUAACCAGCCAUGAGACAAGUCUUGUUGCUAGAUGUCGAAGAAUAUAUGCUCAUGCUCAUGACUAUCAUAUCAAUUCCAUCUCAAAUAAUAGCGAUGGUGAGACUUUCAUUUCAGCUGAUGAUCUGCGAAUAAACCUCUGGAACUUGGAAAUAAGCAACCAAAGUUUUAAUAUUGUUGAUGUGAAGCCUGCAAACAUGGAGGAUCUAACUGAGGUUAUAACAUCAGCAGAGUUCCACCCUACACAUUGUAAUAUGUUAGCAUACAGUAGCUCAAAGGGUUCAAUCCGUCUCAUUGAUUUGCGGCAAUCUGCUCUAUGUGAUACUCAUACAAAAUUGUUCGAAGAGCAGGAGGUACCUGGUUCAAGAUCCUUCUUUACAGAGAUUAUUGCUUCAAUCUCAGACAUCAAGUUUGCAAAGGAUGGAAGACAUAUACUUAGUCGUGAUUACAUGUCUCUUAAGCUAUGGGACAUAAACAUGGAUUCUGGUCCAGUGGCAACUUUCCAGGUUCAUGAAUAUUUAAGGCCUAAGUUGUGUGAUUUAUAUGAAAAUGAUUCGAUCUUUGACAAGUUUGAGUGCUGUUUGAGUGGAGAUGGUCUUCGAGUUGCAACCGGUUCCUAUAGCAAUCUAUUUCGUGUAUUUGGUGUUGCUGCAGGCAGCACUGAGGCAACAACUUUGGAAGCCAGCAAAAAUCCCAUGAGGAGACAAGUGCAGACUCCUUCACGGCCUUCAAGAUCCCUGAGCAGUUUAACACGCGUUGUCAGGAGAGGUGCAGAUAGUCCUGGAGUUGAUGCAAAUGGAAAUGCUUUUGAUUUCACAACAAAGUUACUCCACCUAGCAUGGCACCCAACUGAAAAUUCUCUUGCCUGUGCUGCUGCGAACAGCCUGUACAUGUAUUAUGCGUAAAGAUGGUCUCAGAAGAUGUGUUAUUGUUACUCGGCAAGCUCUUUUGGUUUGCUGUUGGAGGAGGCCAUCUAGCCUUCUCCACCAGCCGUUAAGACGGAGACUGCAUCAUCCAACAGAUGGUCAACAUCCCUUUUAAAACUGUAGAAUGCUCUCAAAUGGGGGACCAGAAGUGGCUGUCAGCGAAUCCACGAGGAAGUAACUGUCUUUUGUUCCCAGGCGGGCAGCUUACCUCUGAUUAUUUUAUUUCCUUUUUAAGAAAUGAUGCAGUUCUGCUCAUAUUGUGUUGGAUUUAGAUCAAAGAAAUAUGAUUGUAGCUCUCCUACAACCGAAAGGAAGGCUGUUCAGUACUGCUGCUAGGUUUGAGAUCAAUGGGGUCUUUACUCUAAUUUCAGGCAACAUGAUUAUUCUGUAACAUCGAUCUCAUUGGCACCUGGGGCAUGGGACUUGUAUUGUUGAACCUACAUUUUGGGGGCUUGUGAAUUUUUUAUCAUGAUCAUGAUUAUUGUCAUCUACUUGCAAGCUAAUUCUUCUUUCACCUUUUCAGAAUCACAAUCUGUUAUAUGCCUGUCCGAUAGCUGCUGAUUCAUGCAUGGUCUCUUGGGGUGGAGUGGAAGUUCUCAUGUUAGUCCAUCUUCUCUUGGGGGUCUGUUUUGUUCGUCUGACAGUACGAUACUUGUAAAUUUAUGAGGUGGUUUCUCUGAAUAAGCCUGCUUGUUUGUUUCUGCCAUUUUCUUCCAACCACUGAUCUCGUGUAUUUUGGAUUUUCUGCCUUAACCCAAACAACCACGUGAAGUAGAGAAAAUAUGGGAAUUUAGGCCUCGAGGAUUUAAUGCGGUAUUUUGGAGAUUAAUAUUUAGGUGGUCUGAGUGCAUGGCGUUUAUUAAGAACUUUUAACAGUUGCUAAAGGCUAUCUAGAGCAGGCUUUUACGUUUCCCUUAAGCUGGUGUUAUUUCUCCUUUCCAAAUUGAGGGACAAAAGUAUUGUUUCCUCUGGUUUUAAAGAUUUUCGUUGGGUGUUCCGUGUUUAA